UGAGCGAGUGAGAUGGCGGGUGUGACAGUUGAAUGUGUGAAAACAUCGAAAACGAAAAAAAAAUACAACAACAAGAGUACAACUACAAAACCAACAGCACCAACACACAAACGAACUAACGAUGAGAACGACGACGACAGUCAGUGAAAAAUGACGAACUGUGGCAAAGACAAAAAGUAAAAAGUGUUUGGCGAAAAAAAUUAUAAAUUUUCUUAAAAAUCUAUUGUUCUUAAUUUGUCCGAAAACAUCUAGCAUCUAUAUUUGCCAAAAUGGUUUUCAAUAUUUUAUUCAAGGAUCGUGUUACAAAGCCCCAGAAAAAGAUGCUAAUCACUCUGUUGAGGGAGACCAAAUAUAUGGAGGGCAAGAAAGAAAAAGAAUGGUAUUGGGAAAAGAUCCAGGAAGCCUUGAAUAAAAUUGGACCCAAAAAGACUAUAAUACAGUGGAAAAAAUGCUGGCGUGAUAUGCGUUUGACAACACGUAAGAAACUUGCUGAGCUUAAACGCUGCCAAAUGGCUGGUGGAUCCCCUCCCCCAGGGAUUGAACUCAGCCAAGAGGAUAAUGAUAUUAUUGACAUUGUCGGCACAGAAUAUUUUUACGAAGAAAUGAACGGCGAAUUGAAGCCCGAAAAUUUCAUGUCUGGUUUUGAUUAUGUACCCGAACACUUCUGUGAUGCCAUACUGACUGCUGCCGCUGUAUCAAGUGGCCAACAGCAACAUAUGCAACAUCAAAAGGAGCAACAUGCGGCCCAACAACAACAACAGGAUCAUCACACGAACGAUGGGGAAACUAACGAUGCUCCAGGAUCGUCAAAUCAUACUGACACUCAAGCCGGCGGAUUCGGCCAGGCGGGAGUAUCCCAGAUGACCGGUCAUAAUGGCGACCAUUCGAAUUCGACCGGGACAUUGCAACAGCACAAUAUAAUGCCACCACAUCCGGCAUUUUCUGGCGGCUUGCAUCCUCAUCUCAUGCGAAGGCAACAACAUGCUACGGCUGCAUUUCAUCGUGAAGCUGCGUUUGAGGAGAAAUUGCUGCAGUUCAUGCAGGAUGCCUUUCCAAAGAAGAGUAAAAAACGUAAAAGUCGUGAUCCCGACAAACUCUUCCUUUUAUCGCUCUAUGAGGAAAUCAAACGGGUGCCAGAGGAUAUACGAAUUGAUGUAAAGGGUGAACUAAUUCAGGUUCUUAAGAAAUAUCAGAAAAAGGCACCAGUGAAACAAGAAAAAACUCAUCACAAUCAUACGCAAUCAUCAUCAAGUUCUGGAAAGUCUUCUGGAAAUACAACGCCCAACGACAAAAUUCAAUUACCACAACACACACAACUAUCGCACAGCAUGUACCAGUUGCAAAAGAAGUACGAUAAAAGUGAAAAAGAGCCAUCGCCUCAAUCGCAAGCUGAUCGUGUUCAACAGCACGCAAGAGAACAAACAUCCACCACCACUGUGGCUCUGCAUGCUCCCCAACAAAUUCACACACUUUUCCAACUGCAAAAGAAAUAUGAAGAGACAACUGCGGAAAAAGUCCAUCAGCAGAACGAGCAACGUAAACAUGUUGAUGCUGCCCAUCAGCAACACCAGGCAGCUCAUCAACAACCACCGCCACCUCCGCCUUCCAAUGAACAACAUCUUCAUCAUCCUCAAAUGCCACAUGGCAUCAUGUUUCCCCUUCCACAGAUACGCAACGAACAGCCUGGUGCUCAGCAACAACAACAUCACACCCACAAUCCCCACCAACAACCCCAACAAGCCCAGCAUCCACAUCAGCAAACACAACAACAGCAGCAACAACAACAUCAUCCCCCCUCAAUAUUCGGCAACUCGACUGCAUCAGCGCCCGGCAUGAGUACAGAUCGUCCUGCCAUGCCCUACGAGAAUGUCGGAUGAAUGUGGAGUCGUUUAUGGGAAGCCGCCUGGGAGGUUCGUUUCCCACUAUCGGCGGUACCAUUAUUAGAAAAUAGCACUAAUAUUAAUAAUGAUCCCGAAUAGACUGGAUCCAAAAAAAUAAUAUUAAAAAAAGAAAAACUAAAACAAACGUAAAAUAUGUAUACUGACCUUUAAUUGUUUAUUCAAUAUAACAACUAAAAAAAUAUUAUGUACAACAUAAUAUACACACACUUACACAUCAAUACAUAUCGUUCACUUAAAUGCAGAAGAGCAAAACAAUUUUUUUUUACAUUUUAGAGAUAAUAAGGAAAUAAGAAAUAUCUCAGCCAUUGAUAGUGAGAAACAUAUUAUUUAAAAUUUUGAUUUUUUGCCAAAAUCCACUACCAAAUCAAAGUGGAUAUUUUAUUGUUUUAAUUGUUUUGCAUUUUAGGUGACGAUAACAAACAUUAAAUGUGAAUUUGUUUAUAUCAUUUUACUCAAACAUACAAACAUUUACAUUAAACACAUACACACAACAAAUCCAUGCAUAAAUAUUAUAUACUAACUCUAAUCAAUUGAAUAUUAAUAUUAUUUUAAAAGAGUUUGUUUAAAUGUUAUUUUAAUUUCUUUCUUUUCUUUAUAUAUAUAUUUUUUUUGCAAAUCGUAAAUAAAUGUGAAUACAGUUUAAAAGAAAUAACAUAAAA